AUGCGAAAGUCUGUGACAGCGCUGCUGCUAUCUCAGCCAUGCUCGUCCCGGUACGCUGCAGCCAUCUCCGCAGCCUCCACUUCGGGUCUCCGGGCUCCUCUGCCUUCCAGAAAAGUCGCGCGGACCCUGAGCACAUCCGCUCGAAGGGAAGAAGUAAAGGCUGCCCAGCCGCAGACCCUAGCUGCGGAGAAUAUCGAGCUAUCAGCUCCAGUAGCGUAUAUUUCGGAAUCGCACGACCCGUGGUUCAACCUUUCCUACGAAGACUGGCUUCUUCGCAAUACUCCGCGUGAUCAGCCCGUGCUGUUCGUGUACCGCAAUCGCCCCUGCGUAGUCAUAGGGCGAAACCAGAAUCCAUGGCAAGAGACGACACCUCGUCAGCUCGCAGAAUGGGGCAUCCCACUCGUCCGCCGUAGAUCAGGCGGAGGGACAGUCUUUCACGAUAUGGGCAACACCAACUUCUCCAUUAUGCUCCCCCGUCUUCUCUUUACUCGCGCACACGGUGCCGAGCUCGUCUCUCGGGCCAUCCGGGAAAGACUAGAGAUAAAAGAAUGUACGGUCAAUGAGCGGAACGACGUAUCUGGUUCAGCUUAUAAGAUCAUCCAGCAUCGAGCAUAUCAUCACGGAACGAUGCUCAUCAGCUCAUCACUCGCCGACUUGGGUAAAUCGCUUCGGUCCAGCUCUCCCAAUAUUCAAGGCAAAUCAGUCACCUCCGUCCGAUCCCCCGUCAGCACCCUAAACACCUACCUCCCCUCCUCCCGCUCUGAGCCCCUCACACAUCAAGAAUUCACCUCAGCCAUCCAAGCCGAAUUCGCCAAGGUCUACGCUGGCGCUGACGGCCGCAAAGGAUCUAUGGAAAUCAAAGCUGUGACUGAAGCGGAGACAGAGGGGAUGCAUCCUGGAAAGGAGAAGAUAUGGAAAGGCGUCGAAGAGCUCAAAUCGUGGGAAUGGACAUUUGGGCAGACGCCUGAAUUUGAGAAUCGGUUUGAAGGAGAGUUGAGCUUUGGAAGAGUAUCGGUGCAUCUGUCCGCACGGCAUGCUCUCAUUCAGUCAAUGAACCUGCGUGUCGACUCCGCCCCACCCGAAACCCAAGCCUCGCUCGAUGCCCUGGCCGCCUCUCUCGUCGGGAAGCGCUACGCCAGCCUAGAGGGCGCCGAGGAAGCCUCAGGAACUUCUGCGAUCCGGGACGAGGUCCUAUCUUGGCUUAGAUCCAGCAUGUGA